ACCGACCGCACUCCUUAAAUUUCCUAUAAAUUUGGCCCUGACUUUGCCCUUUUCUCGAUCCAAAAUCUUCAUACAUUUCGAUCAGAAAUUCUUCUGAUCUCUAUCUCUGUUCCCCAAUUAGAUCCUUUCUUCUUUCGAUUCGCUUUCUCCUCUAUCUAUUGAUCCUAAAGGCCUCGGAUUCGUUUCUAGGGUUAGGGUUUUCAGGUCCUCGAUAUUUUUGCUAUUAAGAAUUGGGAUUUUUGUUCGAUCUCUAAAUCUAGGUCUGUAUAUUUUUUUUUGUGGGGUCGAUUCAUCUGGGUCAGUCAAAAUUCUUUCAUUUUUUAAGUUUUGAAAAAUUUUCAUUUAUGUCGAUUUUCUUUUCGAUUCAAUUUGUCUACACGGAGUGACAUCAUUUUCUGUUUUUUAUUCUUGGAAACUGGUGUUUAAUUGUAAUUAAAAUCAGGAAUCUAGAGUUUCGAUUUUGUGAGUUGGGUUUACAUAUUUGUUCAACUUCAUCGCCUUCUGGUCAAUCCUGUGAUAUUAUCAAUUUUUUCAUCGGACAUUUUUUAGGUAAAAAAAUGAUUCACAAACGGCCUUUUGUUGACGAUGAUUCUUAUGAGGUUGCUUGUAAGCACCCUAGACACCUUGAACACAUUGAACAGUUUGCUCCAAUUGCCCCUCCUAAUGAUUCUCGCCAGAAAGCUGUAAUUUCAGAUGGCAAUGACAGUCUCUGUAACUGUCAAGAUGUUGGGAGCUCUGCAAAUGAUUUGGUCACAGUUGUUUCAAAUGACCCCAACAACUUAGAAAGUGGUCCUUCUGGUUAUUUGCCCCAUUUUUUUUGGAUCAACAACGGAAUUCUUGAAGCAGAUAACCUCUCAGUUUUCCCAGAGUAUUUUGAUCAUGGACACCAGCUAAGGGCUUUAAUGCAGCCUGAUGAGGUGUUCUCAUCUCUUGACUAUCCUUUUCGGAAGCCAGUUUCAAUUGGACCAGGGCAUCAAGCUUUUGUUCCAGAGUGGGAGGGUCCAAAUACCUCUUCUAAUAAGCUAGACAAGUCUAAUCCCCAAGUUGUGCUUGCAUCAUCAUCCAGCCCCAGUGUCAUAGUUGAUGAUGGUUAUGAGGAGAGGCUGAUAGGUAUUUGUGUCAUUCCUAUGCCUGAUUUGGAAGCAUCUGUAACCCAUUACUGUGGGGGCACCAGAACUGACUGUAGUUGCCUUGAUCUGGGAUCUAUUGGAUGUGUGAAACAGCACAUCGUGGAAGCUAGGCAGAAACUUAGGGAGAGCCUUGGGGAGGAGAUAUUUGAGGGGCUGGGUUUUUAUGAUAUGGGAGAAGAUGUAGCAAACAAAUGGACUGAAGAGGAGGAGCAAGUCUUCCAUAAUGUAGUCCUAUCAAACCCUCCAUCAUUGGGCAGGAACUUUUGGGACCAUCUGGCAGCAGCGUUCCCUUCCCGCACGAAAGGGGAGCUUUUCAAUUAUUAUUUCAAUGUAUUCAUGCUUCGGAGACGUUCUGAGCAGAAUAGGUUUGACCCGCUAAACAUUGACAGUGAUAAUGAUGAGUGGCAAAGAAAUGAAGCUGGAAUGGCAGAGGAAGAUGAGGAUUCUGGAGUGGAAUCUCUCAAUGGACAAGAUGGUAUUGCUUAUUAUCAGGAGGGUCAUGCUGAGAAUUGCAAUGAACCCAUCGAGGAUGAUGAUGAAAUUGGUGCUUCAAGAGAGAGUGCUGCUGCUGAUGAUGUUCAGAGAGUUGCAACUGAUGAGGAGUAUGAGGGAGAUUUGGAUGAUAUUUCAGAAGCACAUGUUGGUAUUUCCACUGAUGAUUGUGGUGGUGAUGUUGGCUUUAAACUUUUCAGAGGGAUUUCCUGUAACAAGGGGAAUGAUUUUGAUAUCGAAGACGGUUCAUGCACAUCAUAUGAGUGUCAGAGGGACAAUGUUGAUUCCUGUGGUCCACUUGAUAUUGUAAACGAUGGAAGACACUCCGGUCAAGUGUGAUCCAAUCAGGGAACACAUCAUAAACUAUCAUAUGUGAAGGAAUUAAUGCUGUUACCUUGACAAGUUUGUGCAGGGGACUUCCUGAGAGGAGGGUGAACCGGGUGCUUGCUGAAGUAUGAUGUCGGUCACCGUUAGUGAUUGUUAUCAUGCAAAGUUGGCCUAGGUAGGCGUUCUCAAAGCCACUCAGCAAUCCAGUUGUACAAAUAAGAAAGAUUCUCAGAUUGACAGCUAAACAAUCUACCUUUUGCUUGCAAGUUUUGUGAAAUGGAGGCAUUGCAAAGUGUAAGGUAGCUUUAUAGGCCAUGAUUUUAACAGCGAUCUAGUCCUGUCCUUAAUCAUGGUGCUUGUAUUCUUUCAUUUGACCAAAAAAAAAAAGUAGUUUUAUAGAUGGUGUUGGGAUUUUCCACGGAUGGGCCAAAGGAACUUUCGUGGAAAUUUGCCAAGCUGCAGUUGCAAUCUGUGUGGCAUGACCUGAAAUACCGGAAGUAAAUAUGUUUCCAGUUGAUAACUUCAGUGUCAGGCUGCAAUAGAAUUGCAUCCCAAAUGUGUUUACCCUUCACAUGUCGUCAUGUUAUUUCGAUAUGAUGUUGUUUUCGUAUCAGUUGGUACUGAUUGGGUUUGUUGGCCCUUUUGUCCCCUUCAUUUGCUUUCA